ACAUUUAUAUUCCUCCAGAACUCUUGGUUUGGGAAUACCUCCUCUCAGAUCUCCUUUGUUAAGUUCUUUAUUGAUCAUGGAACCACAGUGGAACUACCCCUUGUCUCCCUCCUUCAUCUUCCUGCUCAUGGCCACUUCUUGCACUUGGCUCCUUCCCAUCACUUCCCCUCAGCGAAUCCCCACAGACCCUCAGGCGGCACCAGAGUACGCCCACUCCAUCCGACUAGAUGGCGAUAUCAUACUUGGCGGAUUAUUUCCAGUGCACGCAAGAGGGGACCGUGGCACGCCAUGUGGUGAGCUGAAAAAGGAAAAGGGGAUCCAUCGCUUGGAGGCCAUGAUGUUUGCCAUCGACCUGAUCAACAAAGACCCCGAACUGCUGCCCAACAUCACACUAGGGGCCCGGAUCUUGGAUACCUGCUCCAGGGACACGUACGCUCUGGAGCAGUCCCUGACGUUUGUACAGGCCUUGAUAGAGAGGGAUGGAUCUGAUGUCCGCUGCGCUAAUGGAGACCCUCCAAUCUUCACCAAGCCGGAUAAAAUCGUUGGAGUGAUUGGAGCCGCGGCCAGCUCAGUGUCCAUCAUGGUGGCCAACAUCCUGCGCCUGUUUAAGAUCCCGCAGAUCAGCUAUGCCUCCACAGCCCCUGAGCUGAGUGACAACACUCGCUACGACUUCUUCUCUCGUGUGGUGCCGCCAGACUCCUACCAGGCCCAGGCCAUGAUGGACAUCGUCACAGCGAUGGAGUGGAACUACGUGUCCACGCUGGCCUCAGAAGGCAACUAUGGCGAGAGCGGUGUGGAGGCCUUCAUCCAGAUUUCCAGAGAAACUGGUGGUGUGUGUAUUGCCCAGUCCUUGAAGAUCCCCAGGGAGCCCAGGCCAGGGGAGUUUGACAAGAUCAUCAGACGCCUGCUGGAGACCUCCAAUGCCAGGGCCAUCAUCAUGUUUGCUAAUGAGGAUGACAUACGACGAGUUCUGGAUGCAGCUAAAAGAAACAACCAGACGGGCCACUUCCUGUGGGUGGGUUCAGAUAGCUGGGGGUCCAAGAUCUCUCCUGUGAUUGGCCAGGAGAAAGUGGCUGAGGGUGCUAUCACAAUUCUUCCCAAAAGAGCAUCUGUGGAUGCAUUUGACCGGUAUUUCCGUAGCCGCUCGCUGUCCAACAACAGAAGAAAUGUUUGGUUUGCUGAAUUCUGGGAGGAAAACUUUAACUGUAAGCUGGGAAUGCAUGGCAAAAGACCUGGCAGUCUGAAGAAAUGCACAGGUUUAGAAAAAGUUGGCCGUGAUUCCAGUUAUGAACAAGAGGGAAAAGUUCAGUUUGUGAUGGAUGCAGUGUAUGCCAUGGCCCACGCUCUGCACCGCAUGCACCGGGAGCUCUGCUACGGAUACCCAGGCCUCUGUCCACGGAUGGCCAACAACAUCGAUGGUAAAGAGCUACUCAACCACAUCCGUGCUGUCAACUUCAAUGGAAGUGCCGGUACACCAGUGGUUUUCAAUGAGAAUGGAGAUGCGCCAGGAAGAUAUGAUAUAUUCCAGUACCAGAUCACCAACAGAUCUACUGCAGAAUACAGAGUCAUCGGCUCCUGGACCAAUAAAUUACACCUCAAAGUGGAGGCCAUGCAUUGGAGGAUGGGUGACCCGACUUUCCCGGCCUCUGUUUGCAGCCUCCCAUGCCGUACAGGUGAAAGGAAGAAAGUUGUGAAAGGUGUGCCGUGCUGUUGGCACUGUGAACGCUGUGAGGGAUACCACUAUCAGGCCUCAGAGUUUACCUGUGAGCUGUGCCCAUAUGAGAUGCGACCUGAUGCCAACCGCACUGGGUGUGUUCCCAUUCCGAUUAUCAAGCUGGAGUGGCACUCGCCCUGGGCCAUCGUCCCCGUCUUUAUCUCCAUGCUGGGGAUCAUUGCCACCUCUUUUGUCAUCGUUACUUUUGUGCGGUACAACGACACGCCCAUCGUGCGAGCAUCAGGCCGAGAGAUGAGCUACGUCCUGCUUACGGGAAUCUUCCUGUGCUACGCCAUCACAUUCCUGAUGAUUGCGACGCCCGACGUGGGUGUGUGUUCACUGAGGAGGAUUUUCUUAGGCUUAGGGAUGUGUUUUAGCUACGCUGCGCUGCUCACCAAGACCAACAGGAUACACCGCAUCUUUGAACAAGGGAAAAAGUCUGUAACAGCACCCAGGUUCAUCUCUCCUGCCUCCCAGCUCGUCAUUACGUUCUCCCUGAUCUCAGUUCAGCUCCUGGGUGUCUUUGUGUGGUUUGCCGUGGACCCUCCCCAUACCGUAGUGGACUACGGCGAGCAGCGGACCCAGGACCCCAUGGCAGCACGUGGAGUCCUCAAGUGUGACAUCUCAGACCUGUCUCUUAUCUGCUCCCUGGGUUACUCCAUUCUGCUGAUGGUAACGUGCACAGUUUAUGCCAUCAAGACGCGAGGCGUGCCCGAAACCUUUAAUGAAGCCAAGCCUAUCGGAUUUACCAUGUACACCACCUGCAUUAUCUGGUUGGCGUUCAUACCCAUCUUUUUCGGCACGUCCCAGUCUGCAGAAAGGAUGUAUAUCCAAACUACGACCCUGACCAUCUCUCUGAGCCUGUCUGCCUCUGUGUCUCUGGGGAUGCUCUACAUGCCCAAGGUCUACAUCAUCCUCUUCCACCCCGAGCAGAACGUACCCAAACGAAAACGGAGCUUCAAGGCAAUUGUGACAGCAGCCACCAUGUCAGGAAAACUGACCCAGAAGGGAGGAGACCGCCCAAAUGGGGAGGUUAAGACUGAACUGUGUGAGAGCAUGGAGACCAACACUUCAUCAACUAAGAUGACAUAUGUCAGCUACAGCAAUCAUGCCAUGUGAAGGGACCAGACAAGAAGAUGAAGA